AUGGGAACCCAUCUUCGGAUAGUAACCUCUGACACCAAUCGAAUCACUGCUGCCUUCAACAAUGGCAUUCUCUACAUUCGCCGACCCAAGCUCAUCACUUCCUUCUCUGAACACCAAUCUCAAACCACUCACACUCCUCCGCCUCCUCCUCCGCCUCUGCUACAACCUCGAAAGAGCGACGUGAAAACUCUGAAAAAGUCGAUGGGGUCACCGCCGUCACAGCCUCAGAAGAGCGAUAUUCGAGGUAGCGAUGAGUCAAAGCAAAUGGAAGGGAAGGAGAAGAGCUUUGAAUCAAAGCAGAUAGAAGCGAGAAAUGAGAUUUCAGAGAGAAAGAAGGCAGUGGCGGAAGAGAAAGGCGCUAAUGUAGUGGCCAGAGAUGGAAAGAGAAGAAGUGAUGAACGUGUAAAUGGAGAUUCUGAAGGACCCCAACUUAUUGAAGGAGUUCUGGAAAUUAAAAAUUAA